AUGCUAAUCUCCUAUAGUGUAGUUGUCAUCGCGUCGGCCACGGUGCUGCAACGACUGCUCCCGGCUCCCUCCUCGCGGUCUCCAGACCCCGACGCUGGCCCGCGUCACCUCCCAGCACCAUCCCCCGACCCUCCUCGACCUGCGGAGGCUCGACGCUGGCUCGCAUCACCUCCCAGCACCAUCCGUCGACCCCUCGACCUGCAGAGGCCCUCUGCAGCGAGCGACAGCACUGCGGUCCUCACGCCGGCCGCCGCGAUCCAACGACCACGCCGACCUCCCUUCUCGCGGUCUCCAAGCCCCGACGUAUUGUGUUUCCGUGAGCUCCGUGACGAGCAUGUCUUCGUGAUCAUCUAUGCCGUUGUCGCCAGCUACUUUGUGUGUGUUAUGGUCCGUCUGAUCCUUACACUCACACCCGUCGUUUGCGUCGCCUCUGCGAUCGCUAUUUUCCUCGUUAUUGGACAUAUACAUUGA